UACACCUGCAAUCAUACGAACAGGGAACGUCAUCCUCAUUAACUUGUACGCCCUCGCUUCUCUCUAAUUUUCCGAAAUUUAGCUGAACACUCCCUGUGAAUAUCUCCCUUGAUCUGCACAAACCCUAGCUCCUUGAUCAUGGCUCCGAAGCGCCAAUCUCAUCUGGAUGAUCCCCCAGCCGCUUCUUCCUCCGAAGAAGAAGUAGCUUCAUCUGAAGAAGAAGAAGAAGAACAUGAGGAUGAAGAAGAAGGAUCUGCUUCUACCGAAGAAGAAGAAGCUGAACCAACAAAAACAUCUUCUUUGCCAUCCACUCCUGUAUCUGACAAAAAAGCCCCUUCUAAAAAGCCAGACCCUCCUCUAACUAAACCGCAAUCUUCCUCGUCCGGAUCCGGAUCCGAGUCCGAGUCGGAAUCGGACUCCGGAGGCACCCCCAAUCCGACUGUCAAGCCGAUUGCCUCCAAACCCAUGGAAGACGCGGCCCCGAAGGCGACCACCAAACCCAGAUCCAAGCCUUCGUCUGCUACGCCCGCGAGAUCGGUGGCGACCAAGCGACCGAACAACGAGACCGAUAUAAAGGACUCGUCGAAGCGGGCCAAGAAGAAAGCUCCGGAACCGAAUACGGACGGUGUUGUUUCCCCAGGGGAUUCGAAGAAGUCAGCGGGCGAAGAAAAGAAGCUCUUCCAGAGGCUGUGGAGCGAGGACGACGAAAUUGCGGUCCUUAAAGGCGUGCUCGAUUACACGGAGAAGAGGGGCGCCGACCCUUCCACCGACGCUGCUGCCUUCCACGAGUUCGUCAAGAAAUCGCUGCAUGUCGACGUUUCGAAGAACCAGCUGAUGGACAAGAUCCGGAGGUUGAGAAAGAAGUACAAGAACAACGCCGGGAGAGGAAAGAAGGGCAAGGAGCCCACAUUUUCCAAGCCCCACGAGCAGAAGGCGUACGAAUUAUCGAAGAAAAUUUGGGGCCCAGCUGAAGGGACCGCUGGAGGAGGAGUAAUAGAGGACGCCAAGUCUAAUGGGAAAGCGGCUAGUAGGAAGAACAAUCAGAAAGUUAAUACUGGCCGGAGCUUGAAAGACGAACUGCUUGCUGUGUCACCGAUUGCAAAUAAGGAGGUUGAAAAGAUGGAUAUUGACGGGAAUCCAGGUCUGGGUUUGGAUUCAUUGCGGAGUCUUGAUGAGGUGGUUCGGUUUGAUAAAAACAUGAGUGUGGCGGGUUUGGAAGAGGGCGUGAUAAAGAGAGGACUUGAGUUGAUCGGGAAAGAUAAGAGGGUGGAGUUAGAGGAGAGGUGGAAGGAGGUCCAGAUGGCUGAAUUGGAGGUUUUCGUGAAGCGGACAGAGCUGAUUAGGGACCAGGCGAGGUUGAUACUGGAGGCGUACAAGGCGGCGGCGGCGGCAAACGACCAUUAAACUGUCUUGGUAAGGUAACUGUGGCUUUUGUUGCUACUUAUUUUUAGGGAGAAUAUUUUCGGGUUGUAAUAUUUGCUUAGGAAUAACUGAUUUUUAAUCUGUAAUGUUGUUAUUUUGUGUUAUCUGACUAAGUUGGCGUCUGCGUGGAGUCUGACAUUCCAUUGCCAUGCAUGAUGUCCCGUAAAUGUCUUUGCUGCGGUUUGUUAACUCUGGUAUUUAGCUCUAGAAUUGGGCUAGUUGCUUCUUUAAAUGCCAUUGCUUGAUCGUCGAUGUUUGUUA